AUUAGUUAUAAACAUGAGAGCAAGAACGAAAUAUGUGAGCUGAUCCAACAACCUCGAACAAUCUGCCGCUCUUAUGCAAUGUUAAUCUUUGUUAAAACUGUAUCAUUCUCCCUUAAUAUAUAUCUCAUGAUAUUCACCCGCUGAAGAUACACAAGGGAUGAUCAACGAGCCAAGAAAGCGAGCCCUUAUGUUUUCAUUGAGAGAUUAACACAAUGAGUGCAAAACCACCUAAGAGGAGGACCGUAACAGACGAAGGUGUUGAUACAAGUGAAGAUUCUGUUCUGGUGACACUGAUAAGUAAUGGAGAGGAUUUGGGACCUAUGGUACAACUUUCUUUCGAGAGCGGAAAGCCUGAAACCCUACUUCACCAGCUUAAGAAUGUUGUGAGGAAGAAGGAGAUUGAAAUUGAGGAAAUUUGCAAGCUUCACUAUGAGGAAUUUAUUCUUGCUGUUGACGAGCUUCGUGGUGUGCUUGUUGAUGCCGAAGAGCUAAAAGGUGAACUGGCUAGUGAGAAUUUUAGGUUGCAAGAGGUUGGAAGCAGUCUGCUUUUUAAACUUGAGCAUCUACUUGAAUCUUACUCGAUCAAAAAGAAUAUUAGCGGAGCACUUAAAAUGUCAAAGACUUGUUUUAAGGUGUUGGAUCUUUGCGCUAAGUGUAACACUCACAUUUCUGAAGGUCGGCUUUACCCUGCGCUAAAGGCAAUUGAUCUGAUUGAGAAAAAUUAUAUAGAGCAUAUCCCUGUCAAGAAACUCCGGAAGCUAAUAGAGCAGAAAGUGCCAGUAAUAAAAUCUCAUAUUGAAAAAAAGGUCACUACUCAGGUAAAUGAAUGGCUAGUUCAAGCAAGGAGCAAUGCGAAGGAUAUAGGGCAGACGGCAAUAGGAUAUGCUGCUGCUGCCCGUCAGAGGGCUGAAGAUGUGGUAUCCAGUCAGAGGAAAGCUGAGGAACAGAGUUGUAUGGGUUUGGUAGAUAUCACAUAUACAUUAGAAAUUGAAGAUUCUUCAGAAGAUUCUCUAUUGAAGUUUGAUCUAACUCCUUUAUAUCGGGCUUAUCACAUCCACACUUGUCUAGGAAUGUCAGAGCAGUUUCGUGAGUACUACUACAAAAAUCGAUCACUACAGCUGAGUUCAGACUUGCAAAUCUCCACUGUUCAACCAUUCCUUGAAUCACACCAGCCUUUUUUGGCAACAAUUGCAGGUUACUUUAUUGUUGAAGAUCGAGUCCUAAGGACGGCUAGUGGAUUGCUAUUAUCUAACCACGUUGAGACAAUGUGGGAAACAGCUAUCUCGAAAGUAACUGCUGUGUUGGAUCAACAGUUUAGUCGCAUGGAUAUUGCAAGCCAUCUUCUUUUGGUCAAGGAUUAUGUGACUCUGCUUAGUGCAACCCUCCGACAAUAUGGUUAUGAAGUGAAUACGCUUCUUGAGAGCCUUGGCAGGAGUCGUGACAAAUAUCACGGGCUUCUAAUAUCCGAGUGUGAGCAGCAGAUUAUAGAUUUACUUGACAAUGACACAUGCGAGCAGAUGGUAAUGAGGAAGGAGUCAGAGUACCAGGCAAAUGUCCUCAUGUUCAACCUCCAGACUUCCGAUAUCAUGCCAGCUUUUCCAUAUAUUGCUCCAUUUUCUUCUAUGGUUCCUGAGUGCUGCCGCAUUGUAAAAUCAUUUAUUAAGGAUUCAGUCAGUUACCUGUCUUAUGGCAGCCAAAUGAAUUUUUUCGAAUAUGUGAGGAAGUAUGUGGACAAACUAUUGAUUGAUGUAUUAAAUGACGCUAUACUUGAUAAAAUUCAAAAUGGUGGUGCGGGAGUGUCUCAAGCAAUGCAAAUUGCUGCUAACUCAAUUGUGCUUGAAAGAGCUUGUGAUUAUUUUCUUCAGCAUGCAGCCCAACUAUGUGGAAUUCCAAUCCGAGCAGUCCAGAAAUCUAGUUUAUCAGCCAAAGUUCUUCUCAGAACUUCAAGGGAUGAAGCAUAUCUAGCUCUUCUAACUUUGGUAAACAACAAACUGGACGCGUUUAUGGCACUUACUGACAAUGUGAAAUGGACUUCUGAUGACUUGCCCCAACAUGCUAAUGAAUACAUAAACGAGGUUGUUAUUUACCUUGACACUCUUCUGUCCACUGCUCAGCAGAUUUUACCUCUGGAUGCUUUGUAUAAAGUUGGUUGUGGAGCACUUGAGCAUAUUUCUAACUCUUAUAUGGAAGCUUUCCUUAGUGAUAUUAUUAAGAGAUUCAAUGAUAAUGCAGUAACAAGCAUCAACUAUGAUCUGAAGGAGCUAGAAAGUUUUGCAGAUGAGAGGUUUAUGAGUACAGGGUUGAGUGAGAUAUACGACGAAGGUAGCUUUCGAAGCUGCUUGGUUGAGAUCAGGCAGUUGAUAAGCCUUCUCUUGAGCAGUCAGCCUGAGAACUUCAUGAAUCCUGUAAUACGUCAGAGAAACUACCAUACGUUAGAUUAUAAAAAGGUGGCAAUGAUCUGUGAGAAGUUCAAGGAUUCCCCUGAUAGUCUUUUUGGCAGCCUUGCAAACAGAAACGCGAAUCAGAGUUCUAGAAAGAAAUCGUUGGAAGUAUUAAAAAAAAGGUUAAAAGAUUUCAAUUAAUACUCGCGAUAAUUUUGAAUACGAAGUACAUGAACUAUUCAGUUAUCUAUUUCCAUCUUUGUAAUGAGUAUUAUUAUUAUUACUUAAAUUGUAGUCUGAGUUUCUAGGUGGCUAAAUAGAGCUGAGAGAAUAUAGUACCCUGCUACAUGUAUUUUGAAAAUGCUUUGCAUGAACUGCCCCCCACCUGAGUGAAACUAUCACUCUGGUAUUGCUUUCAGUUUAUGUUCUUGAUUGUCUGGACAAUGUUGUGGUUCUAUUUUGCAC